ACAUGUCAGCCGCCAAACACGCCGACCUCUUGUUCUGCAAGGAGCAGGAGAGUGGGGGGAGUGACUUGGCGCGGUACUGCGACACGCUUGGGAUCCCGUACGUUCAGUUCCGUACGUUCAAGGAGGUGUUACCGGUUGUGAAGAGUAUUGUUUUGGGUGAGAAGAAGGUGGAAGAGGUGCUGGGGAAGGCUCCUACUAUCUCGCGCUCCAUUCACGUCCCCGUUCUAUCUCGCAUUUCACUGCCAUUGUUAUAUGAAACCUUUUUUACUGACACCACUGUCAAAAAAAAUUUUUUUGUAAUUGCCGCGCCACGUCCAGUCAACGUACUCAAGCCCCAAAUCAAUGCAAUUGCAGCCGCGGCUUCGCGAGCGCUGUCUGGGCUCACUUCCCACCAUGGAGACGCGCAUCCCGACUCGUCGUCCAGCCUAUUAGCUCUUCCUCCGACGUUUAGUCCCUCCUCAAAGCCAAGCGUCCUCACCGUCGGCUCUAAUUUCACGACCACACCCGACGUUACCCCGAUAUCUUCAAACACACCCUCCGAGGUCGAUCCCACCGAAAGCCGAGACCACGUUUUCACCAGUGAUACCGAAGAUGAAGCAGACAUGACCUCCUCUGUCAAGUCGGCUCAUGAAGACGACGAAGAGGUUGUCAUCGCCACUGCUACCACUGCUGCCGUCGCCCCU